GUUUGAUGACAAUUUGGACUCCUCUGAGAGAUGAGGACACACCCACAUCUGUUCCAUAGAUGUGGGGUGUUACGGUUCUGAGUCAGCUUUGUGGCAUCAGACACAGACCCCUGAAAACCAGCACCUGGACUUCAUGCAGGAGAGACUGCCUCAGUAAUGAUGGACUCUGCUCCUCUACUAUUACGUCCCCACGAAGGAGGUCUAGGGGUGUGUGUGGGGAGCGGUAACAAAUGGGUCCGGAACAGAAUGAAGAGGAAAACAGACAGAGGAAUGGCCAACAAAAGGAAAGACUUCACUGAGGGAAAAAAGGAUGAAGAUACAAGAUGCUGAUGGAGCAGUGCAGCUGGUCUCAGGAGAUGAAGAAAAAGCCUGAUCACCUUCUCUACAAAAACAAGGAUCUUAGACAGACGCAGUUUUCCAUUCUUCUGAGCGACCCCCUCAACCCGUCUGUCUCUAAAAUGGACAUCAGGGACGAAAACAAUUAUAUUUUGGAAACAGUGCAGUCGGAAGAAACGCCUUCCACUCCUGAAGUUGACAUUCUGGGGCAAACAUCCAACCCUCUGCAUCUCCCUCCUUUCCCCACUGGGACACCUGCUCCCCCUCAGCCAGCAUCAGAUCCUCAGACUGGAGGAUUUUUUAGCAACAUCCUCCCAGAACCAGCUCCUCCUGUGUAUCAGCAACUGGUUCCACUCAUGGUCUCAGCACCAGCUCACCUCUACAGUCAGCCAGGGACAGAUAGGCAGGGACAGCUGAGACACCCAGAGUGUAAUGCGCUCAGGAUUCCAGAGACCAUGACCCAGUACGAGCGUCCUUUUGGAGAACUGCACGAUGUCCCAUUCUGGGAUUUUGUCCCUCCUGCUCCCCCAUCCAACCCUCCACUUCGCCCUCCUUUCCCCACUGGAGAUCCCGCACCCCCUCAGUCAGCAUUAGAUCCUCAGAUUGGAGGAUUUCUUAGCCACACCCUCCUGGAAACAGCUCCUCCUGUGUCUCAGCAGCUGGUUCCUCUCAUGGUCACUAACACCGCCACAGUGCCAGCUCACCUCUACAGUCAGCCAGGGACAGAUAGGCAGGGACUGCUGAGACACCCAGAGGUUAAUGUGCCCGGGAUUCCACAGACCAUGACCCAGCACGAUGUCCCAUUCUGGGAAUUUGUCCCUCCUGCUCCCCUAUCCAACCCUCCACUUCGCCCUCCUUUCCCCACUGGAGAUCCCGCACCCCCUCAGUCACCAUUAGAUCCUCAGAUUGGAGGAUUUCUUAGCCACACCCUCCUGGAAACAGCUCCUCCUGUGUCUCAGCAGCUGGUUCCACUCAUGGUCACUAACACCGCCACAGUGCCAGCUCACCUCUACAGUCAGCCAGGGACAGAUAGGCAGGGACUGCUGAGACACCCAGAGGGUAAUGUGCCCGGGAUUCCACAGACCAUGACCCAGUAUGUGCGUCCUGCUGGAGAACUGCACGGCGUCCCAUUCUGGGAUUUUGUCCCUCCUGCUCCCCCAUCCAACACCUCCACUACAAAAAAAAGGAAAUGUGAAGCCAAACAGGAUGAGGACCGGCUGUACAUAAAGAAACCACCAAACGCCUUCAUGAUUUACCUGAAGGAGCAGAGGCCAAAGGUGAUGGCGGAACUGAACCUAACUGGCAGUGCAGCCAUAAAUGCAGUUGUGGGAAAGAGGUGGAGGUCUCUCUCAAAAGCCCAACAAGCAAAAUAUUUUGAUCAGGCUGAAACCGAGAGAUGCCGUCACGCCACAGAGCAUCCAGACUGGUCCACCAAAGAAAACUAUGGCAAAAAGAGGACGAGAACGCGAAAUCACACCUCGAGCACAGCAUCUGAACCUAAACAGGAAGCCCAACAGGCCAAGAGGCUUUGUGUGAUGCCAGCUCAGACACAGCCAUCUUCUUCCUACUCAGUUGCGAAGGAGCCUCUCGAGCAGCCACAGAGACAGCCAACUGUUACCAACCUGCGUUAUCAGCAGUCAGCGUGUGUGCAGCUGCAGAACACACAGACAACAGUUGAUGCACCUGUGUGUCAAGUAAAUCCGGUCCUCCCAGCUUCUCGUAUAGAUUUCUCCCCAUCUGCAUCACUGGCCUCCUCUGCUGCACCCGUUCAGCUCCAGAAAGACGCCACUUUUGUCAGUGACACUGAUGAAGCACUGCUGUCAGUGGUGGAACAGCUUGACCCCCUCCUCACUUCUGAGCAGUCUCAGCAGCCCUCCUCUCCACUCACUGGUCAUCACCUAAAUCAGACCAACCCUGCUUCUCCUGUAUAUACUUCUCUAUCCACAUCAUUUGCCUCUUCUGCCACAUUCUUUCAAGACCAGAAAGAGCCUAUUGGUUUCGCUGACAUUCAGGAAGACAUGUGGACACUUCUUAACCACCUCCCUGCCACUCUACAGCCUGAUACACUCUCCUGUCCUAACAUUCCUACUCUGAUUAGCCCUGCUUCUCUGGAGAAUUCUUCUCCAUCCAAAUUGCUGGCCUCCUCUGUUGCGCCCACUGAAUGCCAGUCAACGCCUCCCUUCUUCAGCCAAACUGUAAAAAAUAUGAUGUGGCUACUUGACGACCUCGAACCUGGGCCCUUUGCACAGCCUCUACAGCCCUCCUCUCCUCAAGCAGACUGGUCCUCACCAUAAUCAGAUCAGUCCUGCACCCCCCAAACCACGGCUACCUUCUUACACUGUAAUGAAUAAAGUCUUAGCUCACUGCUUAAUUAGCCCUAGGUUCCACCGUUUUCUGCAGAGCCUCACAGCUCUCAUACAGAAAACCCCUUCCUCUACUAUUUCAGUCUUUCCUCUGUUUCAGAACUGCUUGCCAGAGAUCCCACUCCGCUCUACUCUCCACAGAUGUGUGUGUGUGUGUGUGUGUGUGUGUGUGUGUGUGUGUGUGUGUGUGUGUGUGUGUGUGUGUGUGUUUGUGCGUAUGUGUGCACGUGUGUACAGAUAAUCCUUGUUUUGGUGUGUAAA